ACCACCCGCAUCACGCCAUCGCGCCAUGACCCAACCAUAAAAGCCCAACGCAGCUCCACCCUCCAGCCCUCCAAUCCAGCAGUCGUCCACACCCAGCCCGCAAACGCAGCAAUGCCCAACCCCUCCUCGCCGCCGCCCGCCGCCACACGCCUCCGCCGCCGCCGCCGGCAGCAGCUCCUCCCGCCGUCCUCCUCCCCCACUGGUCCCACCUCCACCUCCGGCGCCUCCGCGUCCUCGUCCUCCUCGUCAACCGCCUCCUCCGGCCUCUCCUUCUCGUUCCCGUCCUUCUCGCCGGCGCCCUCGCCAUUCCACCACCGCUUCCUCUCCCCGCUGCGCUCCUCCGCGGUGCCCUUCUCCUGGGAGCACCGCCCGGGCAUCCCCAAGACCCCCGCGCGCCAGACCCCGCGCGCUAGCAAGCCCGCGGCCAAGACGGCGCCGCUGCCGCUGCCCCUCCCACCCUCCCUCCUCUCCAGCAAGGUCGGCGCCUUCGAGCACCCCUUCUCCAACGCCGCCGACUACCUCAUUGUCCCCGAGAGCGCGAAGGCGAGGCGGCGGCGGCGACCUCCGGCGCUCACCGCCACCCUGACCGACUGGCUCGCCGUGCUGAGCCUGUACCGGUCGUGCACGCGGUCCCGCGACUGCCUCGCCUGGACGCCCCCGCCGCGCGCUCCGGCGAAGUCCAGCGGCUGAUCGAGUUAGUAGUGUCAACUAUGGAGAGGAAUUUGCAGCUUGUGCCAAGAAAGUGUCAUCCUCUCUUGUUAACCAAUAAACCACUUGAUGAUGUAUUAAUUGUUCAUCAUGUGAAUUUGAUCUAAGCUUUGUUCUUCA